CGAGACCUGGACGGGCUAGAGAGCUGGGCGGAGAGGAACCCAAUGAAGUUUCAAAAAGGAGGAAUAACCCCACGCACCAGUACAGGUUAGGGGCUGACCUGCUAGAAAGCAGCUCUGCAGAGAAGGACCUGGGAGUCCUGGUGGACACGCUAACCAUGCUCCAGCAGUGUGCUCUUGCGGCCAAGGUGGCCAAUGUGGUUGGUAUUGGAAAAGGAACAAAAAUGUUGGGAACUAUGUUGGCAGGUUCCAAGAAGUACACUGCCAUUGGACUACUGGGCAAAGCUACUGACACAUUAGAUGCUACAGGAAAAGUGACUGAAGAAAAACCUUAUGACCAGGUAACAAAAGGAGAUCUUGAAAAUGUGCUGCAAAAGUUCACAGGGGACAUAAUGCAGGUUCCUCCACUCUAUUCUGCUUUGAAGAAGGAUGGAGAAAGGCUAUCCACUCUGAUGAAGAGGGGAGAAGCAGUUGAAGCAAAGCCUGCUCGGCCAGUAAGAGUGUACAGCCUCUCUCUCCAGCAGUUCCAGCCACCGCUGUUCACACUGGAUGUUGAAUGUGGUGGUGGCUUUUAUGUCAGGAGCCUGGUCAGUGACAUUGGCAAAGAACUCUCUACCUGUGCCACUAUGCAGGAGCUGACCCGAACCAAACAUGGGCCAUUUACGCUAGAGGAGCACGCCCUUUAUGAAGACAAAUGGACAAUUGAUGAAAUUGCACGAUCCUUACAGCAUUGCACAUCUCUUCUCCCAGCAGAGCCUUCUCAUAAAAAAUUGAAGACAGAGCAUCCUGGUGAAACUGCUGUGAGCUGUGAAGAUAAGUGAUAAGUUAGGUCAAGGAAAAAGACUGAAUGAUUGAGACAUUUUAAGAUUGGAUUGGGAUUGUCUUGCCUCCUCUGUAAAUUUACAAGUCUGUACUGGGAGGGUGACAAACUGCAGUGCAGGAAAAAUGGUUCUUUUGUUUUCUGGGGUUAGAACAUGCACUGAAAGUAUCCAGUGUUUGCUGUUUCCUGAUCUGUUUAUUUUCUUUCUUGCACACUGCAAAUGGGUCUGCCACUGAUGUCAAAUCUUCAUAAACUUUUAAAGAACUUGUAGGGUGCAAUAUAGCUGUUGUUGCCAUUUCCUCAAUAAAAAAUUAUAAAC